CAUCUUUCUACGGUGUAAUCUCUGCUGCUUGGAAAUCAAAGGUUCAUUCAGACAAACAGUGCCAUUGAAUUGUGCCAAAGAAGACUGUCACUAGCCAGCCAGAAAAACAAAAAAGCCACAAAAGAGAGGUGGAAACCAACCAUGGUCUCUCUGGUCCACAGCAAGAACCUACUCUUAGCAGCCGUGCUGCUGCUCCCUUUUCUCCUCCUCACCGACGCCAAGACGUGCUUGAUGGUAUACAUGAAUGCCGACAGCGAAAAGAGUUUUUUCCUGCAAGAUGACUAUCAAGAACUGAUUCGGGCACCUGCCAUUACUACUCAGCAUGGGGUUCGCCUCUGGGUCUACUUUGAUGCCUACAAUCGAAAUCCGCAAACACUGCCAGAUACCGUCAAUACCAAUGGCGACUCCAUCGUGGGACCCUUUGCGGGAAGUCGAUACAUUACCUACGACACAACCUUGAAGGUCAUGAGAAUUGACCAAGAAUUGGGAGAACAGAAUUCCGACACUAUCGCAUCGAUGCAAUCGUUUUUGGCACACGCGCUUCUCGACUGCACGCGCAGUGGCCACAAUGAAAGCUUAAUGGCCACCUUUUCGGCCUACGGAGGUGGCUUUGCAGGAUUUGGUGGGGAUCAUCAUCGUCAGUUGUUGCAGGGCAAUGCCGGCAUUGCCACGGCCAUUGCCAAUGCAUUGGGUGCGACAGCCGGCAAGGACAAGUUGGAUGUCCUUGGUUUUGAUGGCAGCCUCAUGAUGGCCGUGGAAGCGGUGGAUGACUACGCGCAUGUGGCGAGAACCAUUUUGGCCAGUGAAACGGUCGUGCCGGGGCAAGGAUGGAAGUAUUCGUCCCUCAGUGGCAAUGGCACUCAUACACAAGCCGCAGAUCUCGCACAAGACAUUUACCUUAGUUACUUUACACAGGGAGGAGCCAUUCAAAAGACUCCCAAGUCGCUGUCGAUGGUCGACACGGCAAACUUUCCCACCUUUAUUCAAACUUGGGAAGCAUUCGCGAAACAGCUCUUGUCCGUGCUGCAGCAAGGAGAUGACACGGCUCGUGUCUUUGUGUGGCGCGCACGAGAUACGGCCAAUGCGUACACCGGUUUGGCGGACUCGUUGAGUGGAUCGGUAGAUCCCUCCAGUCUUGACAUUGGUAGCUUUCUGGAUCAAUUCAACACCCUUUGUCAACCAAGUGGUCCUUUUCGAAACACCUUGCAAGCAACCCAAGACGCAUACGACAAUCUAUUUAUUGCCACCCGAGUCGGACGGGGAAGCCAGGCAGGGACCGGGAUGCAUAUUCUGUGGCCCACUCAAACAUCCUACAAAUCCAACCCGCCGUUGUGGAACAAGAUAUUGUAUGAGAUUGAAAAGUACAAGACGAAAAUCACUCCCAACUACCAUGCUCUGUUGCAGUACAUUCUGUCGGAUGCUGUCCCCAACAAUAGCAGCACGACUAUGGACGGCACUACUUCCAUUUGUAGUCAAUCCGCGACUAUACAAUCCACCAGAGGAGUGCGAGGACCGUUUCAAAACGGGGAACUGAUCGUCAGUGAUGCAGGGUUUGUGAAUUCGGGAGGAGCUUGGGAUCUUUCGGCAGACAUUUCGACGGACGUGUCUCAGGUUGCUGUGAGAUAUGGAGUGAACUACACUUCGCCCUUGAAACCCAUUCUGUAUCAGAAAGGAUACGAAAACUACGACGGAGAGUACAUGUUCCUUCUCUAUGGACAAGUCCAAUCCAACUACAGAGGCUCCACGGUUCAAGGACUCUGGGACCAGAACUUUUAUGUCUUGAACAUUACCAACGUGGGAGAAGUAGAACCUGUCUUUGUCUUUGAAAAAGGCAAUGGGGCCAUGCAAAUCCCGGCAUUGUACUUUCCCGCCGACAAGACAGAUGAAGUCAGCAAUCUGCAGUAUCUCGAUUAUCUCUUUUAUGACUAUGAAUACUGGACAGAGCAGGGCGCUCAGUUCGCCUUUCUCACAUUCUCGGUAAACGGGGUGGGUCGAAUCAACAAUAAUUUGGCCUUGUAUGUGGCCGAUCAAGAAAAGGGCGGCGUCUUUGGGGAGAAAAGUCGAGAGGUGGGUGGGUACGUCGUACCGCUCACUUACAUGGACUCGUACGUUCAAAACCGGGCUUUGACUAUUUUACCAGGAGGCUUGAAUCAGAGAAUUUUUGAGUGGAAACCAGAUUAUGAUUAUCGGAUAGAUACAGUCAAAGCAACUGAGAUUGGCAAGUUUCUUCCCGACAUUGACAACGUGCUCGUCAACCUUAUCGCCUCUGAUGGUGGCAGACGCGUGGAGGUGCGGUAUUUUGAUGCUCUGAAGCCUGGUUCCAACAGCUCGGCCUGUCCCUUCCCACACGCGGAAUUCAGAACAUGCCAUGCUGAGAGUGAUGGUACUGCCGAUGGUGGUGAGGGCUCCGACGCAAGAACAUGUGGUGUAGGAGUCGUCAUGGCCAGCGUCAUUAGCGGAUUGUCGGCACUUGUUGGCUUGCUGUGAGAAUGUAGAAAGCCAACUUUCGAAGAACAAGUUACUUUGCGGCGGUGUCUUACAUGCCGUACAGCGAGUUCACAUCAAACCCUUCAGGAGGUGGAACCAUGGGGAUGUAUUUCCAUCGUUUCUUGCAAUAACCCAAAAAUGCAUCGGGCAGAAAUUGCCCCUCUGCAGUCGCUGGCUCCACUGCCCUGGCCAGGAGCUGUUCAAAUUCUCUGCGCGUCCGGAACCAUUCGGCAAACAAGAGGUGGCAUGUGGUUCGAUUGGUCAAGUUUUCCAAUCGAUACACGUGGGCUUUGUCUCUUGGACGCCGUGGCUUUGGGUCAAUGCAUUCCCACGGCUUUUUACACGCGGUGUAAUGAACUGUCUUGGUGUCCGCCACCGGUGUAAUGCGACAAUCCUGGCAAGCACUAUACUCGAUGGUGUUGUUGGUAAAAGUAUAACCUUCAUGUGGAUAUUGUCGACAUUGCAUGUGAAAUUCCAUUGCAUGAGGACCCCUCCAAAGCACAUCGGCUACGACCUGGUUGUAGAUGCAUGGAUUCAAUGGAACGGCGUGACCAGGGUAGAUGAUGUCAUACAUGUAGGCAGUAGCUCCUUGGUAGGCCAUGGCUCCUUGGAAUCCACCAAACCCUAAACCUCCCCAUCCAAAUCCAUUACCCCGACCUUUGAUGUAGUCUCCCUCCGUGAUAAAGUCUUUGUAUUUCUGAAAGAUUUCUAGACUCGGCCGAGCAACCAGGAACCCACCCUGGACGCCUUGUCGCAUCUCCCAUGGUUGACUGGAAGUCACGUCUUUGGUGUAAAAGGCGUCGAUUCGAUCGGGCAGAGGUUGCAGAGGAUAGGACAAGUGUAGAUUGGCGCGUGCAGCUUGGCCCUGUGGUGAGUCCUUGUCAUAAAGCAUGCUAUCAUAGAGUUCGUCCAAGGGUUGCAUCACCAAUACGUCCAUAUCCCAGUGAACGCUGAUGGGAUGAUCGAGCAGAGUGUAAGCAUACAGCUUGAUGAACCUGUUGUGAGUAACAUAGAAUAGCAGAUGUCACGGACAAAAACAAGGAGUCAGGCAAAAUGAGACGGAUCCCGUAUAGCAACC